AUGUAAACAUCAGAGCCACCAACAAGAUGAUGGAAGAAACCCCUGAAGACAGGAUGUGAACUCAAGUUAACCAGUAAUGCAAGCAUGCAUCAACAAAAACAAAAAUGUGUCGACGAGGGAAACAUACCUAAGAAGAGAAAGGUGCGCCUUGUGACAACAACACGUGUCGUCAUCUCGGGCCUCCUUGUGUACCAUGAGCUCUGGCUCUGCCCAGGAUGUGGCAGUCGAGCAUUUCCUGCGUGACAUAGAGAGGCGAAGUAAGCGGCUGCACUGCGCUGUGAUUGGCUGCGAGGUGGAACGACCCCGCGGCGACAUGAAUCUGCUGUAUCGGAAGAGCCGUUUGGAUUGGAGGCAGAGGGACCAAAAUGGAAGCAAGAAAAGUUCGUCUCAAAACGACCCCUCGGCGACUGUCGGCAAAGUCCGAGACCUGGCGUCGUUCCGUCGCCACUUCCGGAUGGGCUUCAUGACCAUGCCGGCCUCCCAGGACCUUUCCCCUCACUCGUGUGCCUCAGCCAUGGCGCCGCGCUCGCAGUCCUGCCACGCGGUCGGCGCCGGGGAUGCAAGUCUCGAGAACGGUGAUUACUCCGACACCCAAUCGCAGCACGGGGGCCGAUGCCCGCCAGUCAAACCCAAACGCCACCCGAGCACUCGGCUCAGCUCCUCAUCAGCUGACAGCAGAGGCCCUCCCGAGACACCGCCGCCUCCGCCGCCCUCGCACUCGCAGGCCAAGCACUCAGAGAAAAAAAAUGCCAUGAAGAAGUCCGACUCUGGAGACAUUGGCUCCAAAAAGGUGCCUCCUUUGAAACCCAAGAGAAGUCCCAGCACCCAGCUCUCCUUCGACCCACUUCCUCCACGUGUGCCUCAUUCUGCCGCCUCCCUCGCCUUCCAGGGAGCAGACUCUCAGAUCCAAACCGGAGAGGGGGACGAUGAGCCGGUCUACAUAGAGAUGGUGGGUCAAGUGUUUACCCGAGAGAGCCAGACCGCCACCCCCCACCCCGUCACCCCCGUAGCCACCACGCCCGAUUCGGACUCGGACCAGAGCGAGGCCAUCUACGAAGAGAUGAAAUACCCGCACCAAGAGAACCGAGAAUCUCAGAGACAUCCGCCGAGCAAACACGAAAAGAUGAAAAGUUCAAAGCAUUACCACGUCACCCCGUCGCCAUCCAGCAGCUCCUCGUCACUGCCGCGACCCUCCUCAUCCUCUCCGUCCUAUUCUAAACCCAAAGCUAGUGUCUCCAUCUCUCAUUCAUCCCCGCUACCAUCCUCCGCGUCCUCCACCCCCGUCCCCCAGGUCCUAUCCACCAGCCCCCACACGCCACGAGCGCCGACCCCCUACCUGCUGCAAGGGAGUAAAUGCGAGCAAGAAUCCAACACGAAGAUCCCCGCCCCUUUCCCAAAUCUCCUCCAGCACCGACCCCCGCUGCUGGCUUUCCCUCAACCGGCAGCGGCGUCCAGCGGGGUGGGGGUCCAAAGCAAGGGUUCCUCGACCUCCUCCAAAAUUGGGACUCAGACGUCCAGCGUGACCACUCAAGCCGGCACCUCGUCCUCCUCCUCAACGUCCUCUAACGUUCCAACAUCGGGCUCCAAAGAGCCGUCAGGAGGGAGUGUAACACCGCAAGAGAAACACAGCAGAGAUUCCCAGUUGGGACCCGCUCCGGGACUCAGAGCUCGGAGUCACUCAACGCCACUGCCCCCGUCCUCCAAGUCGACAUCACCUUUCUCCCAUCACCACCACCACCACCCGCACCAUCGACCCUCCCACUACCAUCACUAUCGCAAGCCCGAGAGGGGGGACUCCCCAGCUCCUCUCAAGAGCAGCUCUCACACCUCCACCCAGGCCACCGUGCAGACCCAAACAUCGAGCACGGGCAAGGAAGGAAAGUCUGUGAGCUUCCUCUUGAAGGCAGACAAAGGGGAGAAGGACAAGGAGAGGGACAGAGACCGGGAGAGAGGUCGAGACAAGGACAAAGAGCGAGAUAAGGACCGGGACCGUGAUCGGGACCGUGAUCGGGACCGUGACCGUGAUCGGGACCGGGACCGUGACCGUGAUCGGGACCGGGACCGUGAUCGGGACCGGGAUAGCGGUCCCCACUCCUUGCAACUGGAUCUUCUUCCUUCCACAAGCAGCCAAACAUCUCAAGGCAGCACCAGCUCCACUCCGACGCCGCUCUCAUCGUCCCAUCGGCCUCAUUCUCGUCCUCAUUUGCGCUCUCACACCCCUCACGGCCUACCGGCAUACAAGCCGCCGUCCUCCGACAGCCCCCUGCUGUGGACGUACCCUUCCGGAGGCUUCCGCAGACCGCCAGCUUACGAGAGCUUGAGAGGAAGCUCCCACACGCCGUCCUUGCAGCAGCCCUCCAGCCUCACGGGUGUCGGCGAGGGCGGAUCCAAGACCGGCGAAGGUUCUUCAUUGUUCCAUUCCAAAGCUGGCUUCAUGCCCUGGGACAGUAGCGCCGGCUUUGCGGGAGACGAAGGAGCUUCCUGGCCCAUGCAGAGGAAAUUGUCCUUCAGCCAUGGGAGCAGAGAAACUGAAAAAGAAGAAGGACGAAGUUGGAACGGCAGUGCCGAUGCCUUAUUGAGGAUGGACAAGGAAGAAUCUGGAAUUGGCUUCCGAGGGGGUCCCUCAAGCAUCCCGGUGCACUACAGUGGCGCCGCCAGUCGGACCCUCGGUCACUGCGAGUCACUGCUUGGUGCGGACAGCAACCCGGGAUUCAGAGCCCUGCCCAGAAUCGGGAUGCCUCUUCCCUGUCAGACGUUCCCUGCCUGUCGCAACGGAGAAGUGGGGCGACUGGGCCGUUCUUCAUCCGCUGCCGGAGUGAGACAGGUGGGCGGAGGAGACGUCCAGAGGCAGAGCAGUCUACCAGCGCGAGAAGCCCUCAAUCAGCUGCACGGCCUGUCACAGCCUCAAGCCUCCUGCAGCGCCAGCAGUCCCGGCGUCUCUCGUCAGCAGCAGCAGCAGCAACAGCAGCAGCAGCAGCAGCAGCUCCACCAGCAGCAGUUGCACUUGAAGCAGCAGCUCCAGCAGCUUCAGCAACAGCACCACCUGCAGCUGCAGUUCCAGCAGCUGGCCCAGCUGGCGCAGGGUCAGCCCGGCACCGGCGCUGCCUCAUCCGCCGCGCAGACCCAGAGGGACGGCAAGUUGCUGGAAGUCAUCGAGCGCAAACGCUGCCUCUGCAAGGAGAUUAAAGCUCACAGGCGCCCGGAUAAAAGCCUGUGCAAGCAGGACAGCAUGCCCAUCCUCCCCAGCUGGAGACGGACACCCGAGCCCCGCAAGACUGGCACGCCGCCCUGCCAAAGGCCGCAGGCUGUGGUGUGGGACACGUCUAUCUGACAGUGAGGACUUCGCCGCCAGUUGUAUCAUUAGACCAGAGUAGGUGCGGGGUCGGCCUUUUAUUUAAUGGGUGCGCCACUUGGUGACGGGGAGGGGUCAAAGGUGAGAACGGCUACGAUGCUGAAGGCAUACAAGAUAAACAGGGAUUUCAAUCUUCUUUCCCUUUCGGCGAAUCAUCCUCUUCUUUCUCGCGUCAUCUGCUAUCACUCCAACUAUCUGCAAGUCUUCCCUCUUUGGUCUUGGUCUUUGCCGCCAGCUCACCAUUCCCAGCCUACUCCUACCGCUCUCUCGACCUUCUAUCCUGCCCGUGCUCCCUUCUUGAACUCUGGUCCACAAUCCCUGCCCCGUCCUGUUCCCACUCUCGUCAUUUAAAAAAAACGAAAAAAAAAAAACAUUUCCUUCUGGUUCUAAUUGCCAACAAAUUUCUCAUUCUUCUCUCUCCUGAGGAUGAUAGCUUGAUAGGGUGAGAUCAAAAUUGCCAAAUUUCCUCCUGACUACUUGACACAUAGAUUUUUUUUCUCUCUCUCCAAUGCACAGAGAGGAAUUACACAAAGGCACCGGUCGGAGAAAAGCAACACGAGCCCAACAUGACAUGUUUUAUGGGGUGAGUACUGGUAGGACUCAAUUGUGAAGUCAUUCAAGUGUUUCUUGAAAAUUGUCUUGGUAUCAGUAGAUUGUUGUCGUGGAUGCAAAUAAUCGCCGACGUGUAAAAGCUACCUACUAUAUCUGUUUGCAUAAUAUUUGUAAAUCAACUUACUUUCUCUACGUUAUGUUUUGCAAUUUUAUAGCAAUAUGCUCCCAGUGUGUGUGGGGGGGAGGGGGCGACAUAACUCGCGUCAACUUCUAGCCUAUAAACGUACAUAUCUUAAGACUUGAAUGAGUCAUAUUUACUGUGUCAUUCUCUGCAUGUCACAAUAGACAUACAGUCCUGUACAAAUCCUGUGUAGAGAUGAUCAUCUUUGAAUUUUACAUAACAGCAGAAUUUCACGAUGGUAACAUGUGGUUGUAUAAAGAUUUUUUUUGUUUUGUUUUGUUCGCGGCGCGCCGGUGGCCUGUCGAAUCGUGUUUCGGUACAAAUGAGAGGGUACAAAAAAAAAAAAAAAAAGCGAUUAUGGGUGACGCUCAUUGAAUCAGACUGCUGUCCGAUGAGGUCCAACGAAUAGGAUCGUGAGUGUUAAUCAAGUCAAACAGAUGCUGGAACAAUCUGCACAACACAAAUCAAACCCUAAUGUACUGUAAAUAGACAUGUACAAGUGUAUUGAAAAUGUAGCAAUUAUUUCCAUUUUCAUACUUGUAAUCCAGACAUAUGAUGUAGCAUAAACUGUAUAAAACUUUGUUCACUUGUUUUUUUUCUAGGAGUAUUUUAUCUGCUGCAGCCAGUCCUUGCAUUACUUAGAGUUCUAAUAAACAGUAAAAGUCCUUGAAUUAAAGGCGCAGCCCAACAAUUUAGUUAUGCAAGACUCCCUUUAAGAUUCGUUUCAUUUAUGCUUUUUUUUUUUUUUAUACACAAUAACCAUUUGUGGACAGAGUUCAACAGCUUGUCACAUCACCUUGCUGCUAUCCGAUGUUGUCCAUUUAAUUCUACACGGUUUCGCCAUGAGGCAACACGGUUCAUAUUCUUGUGCUUAUUGUCCCCUUUUUUUUUUUUUUUUUUUUUAAAUCUCGCAUAGCCACGUGAACUGGACAUUUUGAAAAGUGAGCCCUUCUGUAAAAGUACAAGGCGUUUGAAUGUCUCUUGAUGGUUGUUGUUUUUUAUAGUUAGCACCAAAAUGUAACCCCGUGAGAAGAAGACCUACCUAAGUGUUGGAGAGUCACUGCUUGGCCUUUUUGGUUGUAGUUUCACCUGCGCAUGUUUUUUUGUUUUCUUUUUCGACGAUUGGCAUCCAUUUUCAAACAAACAAGCCAGGUUGAAGGAGAUGGGCAAGUGCAAUGCAUGUAGAGACUCUUUACACUAAAAAAAACCCUAAAAAAAAAACAUGAUAUAUUGUGCCCAAUUUUGAUUUCAAAUACCAACAAAUCACCUUAAUACGGUUCCUUUUCCACUGACUAAUAACGAACAUUGGGACCGUUUCCGGAACUAGUUUACAAAAGCUGUUGGGUUUGUGUGUCUACUAAAACAAGUGGCCAUUAUAUGAGUGCCAUACUAUAUUGAUAUGGUAAGAUACGGUGUACCUUGGAAAUCACUGUAGUGCUAUAUUUGCAUUGAUAUUGUCAUUCAAAUAAAUUUUAUAUAAUGAA